AUGAAGCUGCCGAUUCCCAUUGGAAUCCCCCUUCUGCUCCUAUUCGCUCAAAUGGUGUACCCUGCGGCGAUUGUGGUCAAACGUACGACUGAUGCCGAAAGAAACCAAGUCGUGGAUCAAGUUAACGAACUCCGUGCGCAAAUGGCAACUGCUGCCAAGAUCUCAAACAUGCACGAAUUGAGUUAUGAUUUGGAUCUCGAGAGACAAGCCGAGGCAUUGACUUGCGAUUCUGAACCUAAAGGUUCGUUCAUGGUUGUUGUUGAACCGUCGCAGGAAGCGAUGGCCCAACUCGAGAAACUAUCACAAGAACAACAGGGACAGAUUGGACAAGCAAUGAUGAGCAAUGCAAUCAAAGCCUUUUUCGGUCCAAAACAAACUCGAAUUGGGUGUGCAGAAUCGAAAUGUCCUGAUGCUGGUGGUGUAUGUUUGAUUGGUCCCCUAACCAGUGUUUCGGAGCGUGACUUCGCAAAAGGAGAACCCGGAUCAAACUGUCCGAAUGAAAAGACGUCGAAUGGAUUGUGUAGAGCCAGUGGAAAUAAUGUGAAACAACCUGAUGCCGGUGUAAAACAACCUAAUACGGAUGCGGGUGUGAAACAAAUGGAUGUAGAUGUGAAACAACCAGAUGUGAAUGUUAAACAAGAGGAAGGAAACAGCUCAACUGGAUUUGUGUUCUCAACCGUCUCAAUCAUUGUCUCCUUUGUAUUCUACAACUUUUUCUGA